GUUGCUAUCAACCGAACAGACAUUGAAGACUUAGACCUCUAUGCUACAUCUCGGGAAAGGAGAUUUCGUUUGUUUGCUUCUAUAGAAUGUGAAGGACAGUUAUUCAUGACUCCAUAUGAUUUUAUUUUGGCUGUUACAACUGAUGAGCCCAAAUUUGUUAAAACGUGGAAGUCACUUACCAAACAGGUAGGACUCCUAUUAUCAGCUUCCAGAAAUCUAGCAGUACCAAUAAUUAGCAACGAAGAAGAAAGAACCAGAUUUCAGAUGUACUUCUUAAAACUUCUACAGGUACUUAAAACAGAUGCUGAGGAACUUGUCUCCAGAAGCUAUUGGGAUACACUGAGACGUAAUACAAGCCAGGCACUGUUUUCAGACCUCGCAGAGCGUGCUGAUGACAUUACAAGUUUAGUAACAGAUACUACACUUCUUGUACACUUUUUUGGAAAGAAAGGAAAAGCUGAGCUCAACUUUGAAGAUUUUUAUAGAUUCAUGGAUAACCUACAGACAGAAGUUCUAGAAAUAGAAUUCCUUUCCUACUCUAAUGGGAUGAGCACUAUCAGUGAAGAAGAUUUUGCUCAUAUUCUUUUACGAUAUACAAAUGUGGAAAAUACAUCAGUGUUUCUGGAAAAUGUGCGUUACAGUAUACCUGAAGAAAAGGGCAUCACAUUUGACGAAUUCAGGUCAUUUUUCCAGUUUUUGAACAACUUGGAAGACUUUGCAAUAGCCUUGAAUAUGUAUAAUUUUGCAAGUCGUUCUAUAGGGCAAGAUGAAUUCAAGCGUGCCGUCUAUGUAGCUACUGGCCUCAAACUUUCACCACAUUUAGUGAACACAGUCUUCAAGAUUUUUGACGUUGACAAAGAUGAUCAAUUAAGUUAUAAAGAAUUUAUUGGAAUUAUGAAAGACAGACUCCAUAGAGGAUUCCGGGGUUAUAAAACAGUGCAGAAGUAUCCCACUUUCAAAUCCUGUCUAAAGAAGGAACUUCAUAGCAGAUAAGUACUUCCAAAGCAAAGUUUUAAGGAUUAUUAUCUACAAAACGAUGCAAGAAGCACAAAUUUCAGAGAAUGGAAGCAGGUCUGAGAUCAGAACAUGUAGAAAUGAAGGAAAAGAUGAAAUGCUAAUUAUAAUUUUUCUUGACAGAAUUCUUGAACAUAAGACACUUAAAAUGCAUCUUCUCACUAACUAUACAUGUUAUGUGUUAUCAAGUUGAGCUUUUGCCUUGAUUUACUGAACUCUGUACUUUUUCAUUCCCUUCAGAAGUAUAUAGAUACUUCCAAUGACUAUAUAAGAAUGUAUUUAAAAUUUUUUAUUUAUUUAUUAGAAAUUGCCUCAUUUCAAAAUAAUGUAUGACUCCUGGAAUCUAGAUCCCUUAAAAAUUAACAGCAACAACAUAUUUUCUUUGGUUUUGGACUGUGAACUUAUUUUCAGAAAAUGAAUAUUCCUUGAGAUUUAUUUUAGGGCCUUUAGAAUUGUUGAAAAAUCCCCAUUAUUACCAGGUUUUUAAUUACAUUAAAAUAAUUUUGAAAAACAAAUAGAAAUUAAGCUACUGUAUAAUAUACUGUGAUGGUUUACAUUGUACUUUUAACGUUUAAAACUAUUUAACAUAUAUUGUGUGAAGCAUAUGAAGUUUUUAAAAAGUUUUUGCUCAUUUACCAAAGUCAUCAGAAUGUCUGUUAUUCUUUUAUGUAUACAGUAAAGAAAUGUAAAAUGUAGAUAUUUUUUUUUCCUCAAAAAAGUCCCAUCUCGCUGGUGGAAAGAGUAGCAUUUUUGGCAGCCGUCGCCAUCCUUGCCGUUCUGGUCCUGGACACGCUUCUCCUCCUGUCCACAGACGGCGUACAUUCAUACCACUAGUCAGAAUAGUCUCCUGCAGCUUUGUGACCUAUUGCACAUCGUUAGUCCGCGAGUGCUAUAAAACGCAAAUAUGAAAUGGUUUAGAAGAGCGAUGUAUAUAUUUGGUAGAAGUUAAUAUUUUGUUUCUUGUGAAAGGACCACAUGCCAGACAGCCAGUAAUAAUGAAUAAUUUAAGUGUAAUUCAUUAUUUCAAAACAAUAUGACUUAAAGAGAGAAGAAAAACUUUCUAGUGAGAAACAAAAUUAGACUUUCACAUGGAGAAAAUAAUUUGAUAGUACUUAAUGGAAGUCUCUUCAGUUAAAAAGUGUAGUUUAUAAAAGGAUACUGUGCAAAAAUAAAAGAAUGAAUUUAAGUUAGUAUAUAUUAUAUGUGGAAGAUAAGUUCAUUUAUCUUCUUUUCUAAGAUGUAUUUAAUGUAAAUUGUACAUACUCUAGCUAUUAUCUUGCUUUUGCAUAUGAAAAUGGGAAAUACUGACUUUGUUUUUGUGAGUUUUGUGAGGUAUUAAUGUGAAAUUGAUAGUUCUGCCUCAGCCUAUUUAUAAAAGUAAUGUUAUUUCCAAGAAGAUGUUACUAUUAGCAUUGACUAUGUAUUUGUUAAACUUUUUACAUUCUUUAUCUGGUAUUAUUUCAUACAUUGCUAUAGAAAUAUAUGAUUAAUAGAUUUGAAGAUUCCAUAUAGUAUAAUAAUUUAAUUUCACCUGCUUUGAAGGUUGAUUCAAUUGAUUGACUAAAUGAAAGUGCCAGCCCACUCAUUUAACAUGCCCAAAGUCUAUUUUACCUUACACUGGAUGUUCUCAAUAUUAAUUAUUUGCUAUCCAGGAUAAUUGAGAAAUGCAAUUUACUUUUAUAUUUAAGUUAUAUUAUCUUGCCUACAUGGAGAAAUUGCUAUUGAGAACAGUUCUUUAAAUAGAGAUUUAAAAAUGAAUUAGCUCAUUAAAAUUCUUUAUAAUUCUCUCACUCUCCAAAGGCAUACUACAUACGCAGUCUUCUUUGCUUUUCAGUGUAAAUGAAUAUUCCUCUAUAAGGCUGCAGCAUAAUAUUAAAAUGGGAAUAAAUAAAAUAUUCUGAUAAAUUAAAAUGAGAAAGAGUAAUUACAGUGAUUCCCUCUGUAUUAUCACUGUUGAACUUUAUCAUCUAUAAAAUGGGAGGUGAAAAUCUCUCACUGGAUUAUUGUUUACAUUGAUUAAAAAAAUUUUAAUGCUUUGAAAAUAGUAACAGACUAGAUACAUGUAUGCUGUUACUCUCAGUUAUUUCCUUCUACAAAUUAUUCUGUGGGAACAUGAAGCUAUACGUAAAUUUUAGUAUCAUACUCUCUACAGAAAGUCUACAUGUUAAAAGGUUUAUGCUAUUUCUCAGAAUCAUUUCAUAUUGAGAAAUUCAUUUAAGUCCUAGUUUAUUGUUCUUACUAUAAAAUACAAUUGUAAAGCAACCUGUUGUACAUUCUUAAUAUUAUCUCAAAAUGAAUAUACCUGCCCUUAAAUAGAGAAACUUAGUACUUUGUUUUUAUGUGUAUCUGUGGACUAAUGUCUUUCUGAAAAAUGUCACCUCCGAACUUUGAAAAUUUUUGUUGAUAACCAAACCAACAUUGAUCUUAGAUCUUAGACCCUCUGGUAUAGCAAUACAUGCCAAUGAGAUUAAUCUCAUUGGUAUUUUAGUAAGUGUAAAUAAAUCACAGAGCCAUAAGCUUCUCAAACUGUAUAAUAGGAAUUCAUAUAGAGUUAGAGUCAGAGAGUUUCAUGUGACUGAAUGGAAUAUCAGUUUUGUUUUACAGUACUGAUUGUUUAAAUGUCUUAAAAUAAUUAAACCAACACUACAGCAGACCCUGUUUUACUAAUGUUAGUACUUGGUAGGCAUCAUUUUACUAAGACAACUCCUACUGUUUUAUAGCUAUAUGUUAACAUUUUACAUAGUGCUUUUACCUCCCAUAGGCUGUAAAAAUAUGAAUUGUAUAAUAUUCACUAAUGUUAAAAUAAAAAUUCUAAGUGAUAAGAAA